CGGGAUUUACCAGAAUGCGGUGGGUUUAAAAAAAAAAAAGACACAGGCAGGUGGGAAUGGAGGAUGCGAAGGAUGAAAAGACACUCAUCAAGGGGUUUUCAGAAAGACUUUGCCUCGGAAUAACCCGGGUUUUAGAAAGUCUUCCCAGUGUGUCAGAUGUGCGGUUUGUUGAGAGAGAACCUGCAGAGAAGCGAUGCCUCCUGUCAUGGGAGCAGAAAAACAACUGCACUUUGCCGGAGGACCUGAAAGACUUCUACCUCACCACAGAUGGCUUCACGCUUACCUGGAGCUCCAAGCUGGAAAAUGAGUCUGUCCCUGUUGGCUGCAUGGUAAUCAACAGUGUAGCGAAGCUUCGUCUGCUGGUGCAGUCCAACAUUUACUCCCUCCCUAGUGCACCCACGUUAGCUGACCUUGACUUCAAGGAUGAAUUAGAAAGAUCAAAGGAACGAGAAGAGCCUCACUUUGACUCCCGUAGCCGAAUCUUUGAGCUUGACCCCUGUAGUGGAAACGGCAGGGUCUGCCUUGUUUACAAAAACUGCACUCCAGACGCUGUGGCUGAACAGAGUGAAAUAUGGUUCCUGGACCGGUCGCUAUACUGGCACUUUCUCACUUCCUCCUUCACCGCAUACUACAGGCUGAUGAUAACACAUUUAGGGCUGCCAGAGUGGCAGUACGCCUUUACCCCAUACGGGCCCAGUCCACAAGCCAAGCAAUGGGCAUCUCUUUAUCAGCCCCUUACAUUCCAUGGUGACUCCCAUCUCGAUACGCCUGGUGAAACAUUCCUGAACAAGCUGGACCCAGACAAGGCUUUCCGUGGCAAAACCAAACCCCCUGCUCCCAAGAAGAAGCAGCCCAGCCAGGCCCCAGCAAGUGGAGGUCCUGCCAAAGGUCGGGGAUCAAGGGCAGGCAAAGCAUGAAGAGACAAUCACAUGGCCACUGGGGAUAGAAUGUUUUAUUUGAACAUACCCAAAACUAUUGAGUUAAGAGUGCGAUAUUGUAAUUGUGCAUGAAUCCCAAGUUCAGGUUUAUGCAAAGCAAGAAGCAUCAGGUUCUGUCAGUGUGAUGAAUGAUGGAAAAUAUCCCAUUUAGCUUCACUGCAAGCUGUCUUCCUUUGUGUAACCUAAAUUGAUUAAACCUUCAACAAAUAUACA